GAGCCGCGGCCCUAGGAUGGGAAACAGUGCCCUCCGCGCUCAUGUGGAAACCGCGCAGAAAACUGGUGUCUUUCAGCUUAAGGACCGUGGGCUGACCGAGUUCCCCUCAGAGUUGCAGAAGCUGACCGGCAAUCUAAGGACCAUCGACCUGUCCAACAACAAGAUCGAGAGCCUACCGCCUAUGAUUAUAGGAAAGUUCACUCUGCUGAAGAGCCUCUCCUUGAACAACAACAAACUGACUGUUCUUCCUGAGGAGUUAUGCAAUCUGAAAAAACUAGAGAUGCUAAGCCUAAACAACAAUCACUUGAGAGAGUUACCAUCUACCUUUGGGCAACUGGCAGCCCUCAAGACCCUGAGCCUCUCUGGGAACCAGCUACGAGCACUGCCACCACAGCUCUGUAGCCUACGGCACUUGGAUGUGGUGGAUCUCUCCAAGAACCAGAUUCGGAGCAUACCUGACUCAGUGGGGGAGCUGCAGGUCAUCGAGCUCAAUCUCAACCAGAACCAGAUAUCUCAGAUCUCAGUAAAGAUAUCUUGUUGUCCUCGCCUUAAAGUUCUUCGCCUGGAAGAGAACUGUCUUGAGCUCAGCAUGCUUCCACAGAGCAUUCUCAGUGAUUCCCAGAUCUGUCUGCUUGCUGUGGAAGGCAACCUUUUUGAAAUAAAGAAACUUCGAGAACUGGAAGGAUAUGAUAAGAGAGAGACACAGUGAGAGAGGAAGCACAAGCAUGGGGAGAGGGAGAAGAAGGCUUCCUGCUGAGCAGGGAGCCCGAUGCGGGGCUCAAUCCCAGGACCCUGAGAUCAUGACCUGAGCCGAAGGCAGACGCUUAACGACUGAGCCACCCAGGAGCCCCUGAAGAGGUGAUUUUUAAAUGGUGCUCAUUUUGUAUCUUCAUCCACAUGACUCCUCCAUGUCUCUUUCAGCACAUGCACUCUAGGUAAUGCCUUCCAGUUUACCCUGCCACUUGCCAUCACCCUGGAUGGAGUUUGUCCCACAAGGUGGAAUACCCUUGAAAGUUACCUGUUUUUAAGGAAUUGUCAAGUAGCUGCCCAUCUAAUAAUAAUGAUGAUGAUAAUGGUUUUAAUCUUGUUUGUCUUCCUUCAAAGGGUCUUAAAUGCUUUAUUUUUUUUUUUAAGAUUUUAUUUAUUUGUCAGAGAAAGAGAGAGAUCGCAGAAGCAAGGGAGCGUGGCAGGCAGAGGGAGAAGCAGGUUCCCUGCUGAGCAAGGAGCCCAAUGCAGGACUCAAUCCCAGGACCAUGAGAUCAUGACCUGAGCCGAAAGCAGAUGCUUAACCGACUGAGCCACCCAGGCAUCCCCAAAGGGUCUUGAAUGCUUUAAAGGCAAUAUUUCCCAAACCUGACUGAACACAAGGCAACCUGGAAGCCUUUGAACACAGAGAUGCAUAAGUUACAUGCUAAAAAUUUUGUUUUAGUAUGUAUGGGGUAGAGCCUGGGAAUCUUUUAUUGUUAUUAUUGUUUUAUUUAAAUUCAAAAGCUCAUAUAGCUUCCCAGCCAGGGAAAAGAAACACAGUCUAAGGGACUGCCAAUCUCUUGUAGAAAGAGUAUUUCAGUUACUCCAGUAGUCUACCUUAGUAUUUCUGUAUAUUGGGACACUGAGAAUUAAUCUGGACAAAGCAAAAGUACACUCCAAGAAUUUUUCUUUUUUUAAAAGGCUACAAAAUUGUAAUAUAUUGACCUGAAUCCCAAUCCUAGACCUGUCAUUCUAUUGCUGUAGAACCUUAAGCAAACUUCCAUUAUUUGGCUCAGUCAGGUUUGGGAAAUACUACCUUUAAAGCAUUUAAGACCCUUCGGGGACACCUGGGUGGCUCGGUUGGUUAAAUAUCUGCCUUCGACUCAGAUUGAAGGAUCCUUAUACAUCCAUAUACAUCCUUAUAUGUAAAACUAAGAUAAAACAACGAUACUGUACUAAUAUUAAUAGUUCACAGGACUGUGAAAUAGAUAAUAGAUAUAAAUGGCUUUGAAAAGCAUUUGUCAAAUAUUUUUAUUAUUUGGCUUUGAUCUCAACCUGAUCCUUACUUAACAGUUCAUGCCUUUAAGUGCACAGAUUACCAAAUGGCAUGUUUACUAUUCUGGCCCAUUAAUACUCCCUAGCUUUGAGAUCUACAGGAGCUGAAUAUAGUUGGAAUAUGGCUACAUAAAAAGACAACUAGGCCCAAGUUGUUUUGGCCUACAUUAAGAAAAGAAAUGGUUCUGAUCUGCGACUGAACUCUUGCUUAAUAAAAUUUACAGCCCUUCUGAGAAGAAAUUAGACUUUAUGAUAAAAUGCUUAAGCAAAUUUGUGACAGAAUUGCUAUUAAGAACGCCAUAUGGAAAGUUAGAUUUACCCUGUCAGUUUUGAGGGGUCUAAUAACCAUUACCACUUUUUUCUAUAUAAAUAUCUCAUUCAAAAAUGGCAAGUUUGAGGGCUUCUGGGUGGCUCAGUCCGUUAAGCAUCUGCCUUUGGCUUAGGUCAUGAUCCCAGCGUCCUGAGAUCGAGCCCCACAUCGGGUUCCCUGCUCAGCAGGUAGUCUGCUUCUCCUUCUGCCCCUCCCGCUGUUCAUGCUCUCUCAAAUAAAUAAAAUCUUAAAAAAAAAAAAAAAUUGAAGAAACAAAAGAAAAUGGCAA